GUGAAUCAGAUAAUAUGCAAAGUUAGCAUCGCUGGAUAGAAUCUUUCCAUUUCAACUUGCCUCGUCACAUCCUUUUCAGAACGGACUAAGAAACGAACAUGCCAGCUUCACCAAGUUCCACAUCUGUAGGCGGGGGUCGUUCCCCAUCAGCAUCAAAGAGUGUCUCACCAAGAUCUGGUGGUGGGAGCACAGUAAGACAAAGAAAGACCCCAGCAUCUGGUGGUGGGGCAGUGAAGAAGUCCAUGGGUAGCAGUGCUGGCAUGUGGAGGUUUUAUACAGAGGACUCACCAGGAAUCAAAGUAGGCCCAGUUCCAGUGCUAGUGAUGAGUUUGUUGUUCAUUGCCUCUGUCUUUAUGCUGCACAUAUGGGGAAAAUACACUAGAGGCUAAAACCACUGCAAAGUACAAAUUACUUAAAAUUUAAGACUAUCAUAAAGACUAAGAAUUAGUGAUUAUAUCCACAUGGAAAGAAAACCAACAGAAGCUUGCACAGGACAUGAAGUGAGACAAAUAUGAAGGACAUCUUUGGUGAUAUGUAUGUCACAGGUUCUCCAAACUUACCACCGGAGAAAGAUGAAAAAGAUGUCAAAGUUAUGACAGAGCAAAGCCAUUGAUCAUCCAUUCCAAGUGUAUCCAUUCAACAUUUCAAUGGCUAGAUCUUUAUCUGUAGUGACUGUAAUUUGUUAAGAAAAAUGAGAUGGCAGAUUGUGCUGGAGCAGAAAACUCUGGAAGUGGUUAAUUGUCCAUAUUGUAUAGUUUUGACCAAACAAAUAAAUUAAAUUUUAUUAUA